AUGGAGCUUGAAAAGAACACAUUCUCAAAUUCCCAGGUGAGAAGUGUCCCUACUCAUUCCAAUGCUGCUGAUUAUGAAAUUGACAUUAGAGCUGCUAUUUCCAAUCCACUUUCCAUUGCUGAAGUUGCUGUAUCAUUAACAGAAUCACAAAAAAUUUUUGUGUUAAAGAGAUUACAUUUUGAUGCAAUGGAUUCAUAUGAUAACUUGCCUCCACAAGCUAGCUUUAUUCUUGAAAAAAUCGAAAACAUGACCACAGAAGAGGCUGUUGAGAUUUUAAAGAAAACAAUCGAGGACCAUAAGGAUGAUAUUAAUGUUUUGGAUAAUGAUGAAAAGUUGUGGAAUGAUUUGUUGUCAUACAACCAAAGUUCUGAACCAUUCAAAACUGGACUGAGUGGUGAUAGCAGUCAAGCUAAUAAUUCUUGGAAUAUUUCAGUUGGUGAAAAGUUGAGAUCUCAAAUUCACAGUAAUCUGAGUAUGAGUAGUUCUAGUUCUAGCUCUUUGUCAGUCAUGGAAGAUGACAUUGUCAACCAACCAUACUAUGAAAUUUUUGAUUGGAAUUUGCAAGUUAGAUUAGAAGCUGUUUUAGUUGCUUAUUGGUCACCAUAUCCUCAGGUUAGAGCUGUAACUGAUCCAUAUGACGAUCCCACCAUUCCAGUUGAGACUUUGAGAGUUUAUAUUAUUGCCUUUAUUUGGACGGGAAUCAGUGCUGUUAUCAAUCAGUUCUUUCAUGAAAGACAACCAGCAAUCACACUUGGAAUGUCUGUUGUUCAAGUAUUCUUAUAUCCAAGUGGAUUAUUGAUGGAAUGGAUCUUACCCAAAUGGAAAAUCAAAAUUUGGAAAUGGACCAUUGACUUGAAUCCAGGUCCAUACUCUUUUAAGGAACAAAUGUUGGCAACUAUAUUUUGUGGUGUUUCUAAUGGUACCUCAUAUGCUGGUUCAAAUAUAUUGAUGCAGAAAUCUGAAAUGUUUUACAACAAUAAAUGGGUUGACUUUGGGUAUCAGGUGUUGUUAAUUUUGUCUACCAAUCUUCUUGGUUUUGGUCUUUCUGGUAUUAUGAGACAAUUUGCAGUUUAUCCAACAAAAGCAUUGUGGCCAUUUAUUUUACCCAAUUUGAAAUUGAAUAAAACCUUGAUGUCGAAGGAAAUUAAGUCUAAAAUCAACGGAUGGACUAUUUCAGGUUACAGAUUUUUCUUUAUUACUGCUAUUUCUUCAUUUCUUUACUUUUGGGUUCCUGAUUAUCUAUUUACUGCACUUUCUCAAUUUAACUGGAUGACUUGGAUUAAACCAGAUAAUUAUGAUCUUGCUGUUGUGACUGGUUCAUUUGGCGGGUUAGGUUUGAAUCCAAUUCCCUCGUUUGAUUUGAAUAUUAUUGGUACUACUGCUUUUUAUGCUCCGUUUUACAAUACCGCGUUGGCCUACAUUGGUAUGAUUUUUGGAUUCUUUUGUAUAUUGGGGGUGUUUUACUCAAAUUACAAAUGGACUGGUUAUCUUCCAAUUAAUUCCAAUAGUUUGUUUACCAAUAAGGGAAAACCGUAUUCGGUUACUUCAGUUGUAAACGAGCAUUCUUUAUUUGAUGAAGAGAAGUAUAAAAAGAUUGGUCCCCCAUUCUACUCAGCCGCUAACUUGGUCGUUUAUGGUGCUUUCUUUGCUCUAUAUCCAUUCCAUUUUGUUUUUGAAGUUGGAAUGAACUACAAGGAAAUGUGGGCGGCAUUAAAAUCUGUCUAUCAAGGUAUUACCAACUUUAAGAAAUCGACAUAUGAAGGCUUUGAUGAUCCACAUAGUAAAAUGAUGCGCCAUAAUUACAAGGAAGUAAAUGAAUUGUCAUAUCUAGCUAUUCUUAUUGUUUCGUUGGUGUUGUCUAUAUUAUGUGUUAAACUUUAUCCAGCCCAGACACCUGUUUGGGGUAUCUUUUUUGCUUUAGGUAUUAAUUUUAUCUUUUUGAUUCCGUUGACAACCAUCCAAUCAAGAACAAUGUUUAGCUUUGGUUUGAAUGUUUUGGUUGAAUUGAUUGUUGGCUAUGCUAUUCCAGGAAAUGGUUUGGCAUUGGCAUAUAUUAAAGCAUUGGGAACUAAUAUUGAUAGGCAAGCUCUGAAUUUUAUCAAUGAUUUGAAGCAGGGUCAUUAUGCAAAACUACCACCAAGAGCCACUUAUCGAUGUCAAUUGAUAUCAGUUUUCAUUACCUCGUUUAUCCAAUUGGGUAUUUUAAACUAUCAGAUCACUGGUAUUAAAGACUAUUGUCAUCCAAAUAACCCACAGAAGUUUACGUGUCCUGCUACAAUUACUUAUUACAAUGCAUCAGUCUUGUGGGGUGUAAUUGGUCCAAAGAAAGUUUUCAAUGGUUUAUAUCCAAUUUUGCAAUGGUGUUUUUUGAUUGGGUUUUUAGCAGCUAUUCCUUGUAUUAUUUUUAAGAAGUAUGGACCUAGAAAAUUUACAAAGUAUUUUGAACCAUCAAUUAUUAUCAGUGGUUUUAUGAGUUAUGCUCCAUAUAACUUGUCUUAUACUACAGGUGGACUUUAUGUUGGAUAUGCUUUUAUGCACCAUAUUAAAAGAAGAUAUGAAGCUUGGUGGGAAAAGUAUGAUUAUCUAUUGUCAUCAGGCAUUGAAGCAGGAAUCGCUUUCUCAUCCAUCAUCAUCUACUUCUCAGUGAAAUACCACAACAAGCCGAUUUCAUGGUGGGGGAAUAAUGUUUCACAUAAAGGAUGGGACCACAAUAUGUCCAAAGGCUACUUGAACGCAACAUUGCAUGCACCCGAAGGUUAUUUUGGCCCAAGAGUUGGCCAUUUCCCUUAA